CACACAGGCGUCACCCCACUCUUGACACCGACCAGACCGUUUCAACUUUUUCUAUCAGUUGCGAGUGAGCUGCUACAGCAAGGAAGUAUCCUCAGCUGAGAUAUCCACACCGGAGACAAAAGAGUCGAACGCUUUUUCCCUUCCUUCACCCAACCUACAUUUUGAAGGAUCUGUUUUUACAAGGCGGAACCACUAUUCUUUCGAUGUUGACAUCGCCGUUUUCUGAUUAAAAAGACACUGUGUGGGCUCUAAUCGUUUGCGUUUCGGAGGUGUGAGAAGUUCAAAGGUGGAUUUUCAGAUAUUUUACUGUUAUUGACAACUCUUAUGUCCCGCUACUAAAGCGGUUUAGGACAUGUCCGAUUCGUCCAGACCACAAAAUCGGUCCAAAUGGCACAACCACCCUAAUUGAGGGAGGGAAAAGCAGAGAGUCGCAUCCCGGUUGCGGAGCAGCCUCCCGUGCCGAACGGUCUGACAACCCCCCCAGUCCUGCGAAGGGGACCAGCAGUCACGGGGAGGAAUAAUGAUUCCGAAUAGUCUGCUUGGUUUCCAGUCGAGGUCGCCGGUGUUCAGAACACUGUCCAGGUCCUCCAGUGGAUAUUUUUCGUUCGACAGCGAUUCUAUUCCAAGCUCCCCGCUAUUGAAAGAUAACAAGUCGACACAGACUCCGAGCCCAUCUAGCCAAGUCAUUACCCACGCACUGCAGCGCAUGUCUCGAGCACUGGAGACCCGGCGAGAUUAUGACGUGUGGCCCAACCCCCUCCGGCCCUAUAGAGCACGCCCGCCACGGACUGCGGCGGACAUGCGGCCAGAGAUACUCAUCGGUCAGGAGCUUCAGCGCAUUGGAGAUGAGUUUAACAACCUCUUCAUACAUGGGCGCCUUGCAGGCAGAAACGGUCAGGUUGCCCAGGGAAACCUGCAGCAGAUGCACCAAGAGCCCGCCUUCCUACUGUGGAUGGGUCUUCUGAUUGGACGACUAUUACAGAUAAUCCUGCGGAGAAGAUGAUUGACAGACAGAAGCCCCAAUCCCAUCCUCUGGAGCACCCAGCAGGCACAUACUGUAGAACCUGGGAGAAUUCUGUUAAAGACCCUAUACAUAUAUGAAUAUGUAAAAUUGUCACAUUUUCAGAAUGGACUCUCCUUCAUAUGUGAACCUUUACAACUUUGUCUUGAUGGUUUUUGACCUUGAAUGGCCUCAGGAUUCCCUGGUCCAGUGUAAAUUGGGACAGGGAAUCUGUAAUGCUUUGGGAAUAAUUUCUUUGGAAAUUCAACAACACCUGGAAUUUUGCACCUAUGUUUCCUGCACGGAUCUGGAAAGCUGAGCCUAAUCAAAGAACCAAAGAUGGAGUGUCCCAUCGCGGAGCGCUCACAGGGAUAACGUUGUGUGGAUAAGGCUUUGUGGAGGUUACAUGUACCUUGUACAGCUUCUCCUUUUCUUUACUGCGCUGUUUUCUUUCUUUGUGUUUGUUUGUUUCUACGUGUUUGUGAGUUUACCCAUGGUCAGAUGUGUAGAGUCUGCGCUGUGUCUGUUCCUCCUGGUCCUCAUGGCAACUCACUGUUUCCCUCCCAAAACUAACCUGCAAUUCUCCUUUGAUGCAGUCGGUUCCAUUGCCGGUUCCAUGGACCCAGAUGAAGUCUGUUUAAUGGAGAGUCUCCAUUGAAAGUGUUUUUAAGUCCAGUAGUUUUAGACAAUGAUUCAGUGUGCACUCCAAUAGUCUUUAUAUGAACCCUUUAGGUAUUAACCUCGAGCAAUAACUGAAGACGCCAUUUAAUAAAACAUGUAUUUCCUUUCCAAACAUAUUCAGUAUUAAGAGCAAUAGCAUGGAUGUUAGUAGUCAUUGAGAGAACAGAAGAAAAAAACAUUUGAAAGCAACUACAAUGCCUAUAAGAAUGAGAUAUAUUGAAAUCAAAGUAGAUCUACAUGAAUUAGGGCAAACAUUGUAACUUCUUGAAACAACGUAUUUUACUGUUGUCUCAUUUGUUUCCGCCCGCCUUUAUCAGCUGUCAAACAUCAUUCCUGUUAUCAUUUAGCCUCUGGCUCGGACCUGCUGUUGUCAGUGCUUUGUUAGCCCAGCUGACACUCCUGUUGGCCCAGACAAGUCUAGUGCAGUGUUGCUAGGUCAUUAAAAGCUCAUAGAAGCUUUGCUGGAAGAGAACCAAACUCUGAGCUGACAUUAGUCAGAGGAACAGGCAUAGAGAGACAGUGGAUUCAACACAGGCUUGAAUGGGUGGGAUCAAUCACAAUGCUUGGGAACUUAGAUGGAUAGACAGUGAGAAAAAGCACCAAAUGUUCUUUACAAAAUUCUUGAAACAUUUUUGUAUUUCUGAACUGUGGUAGAAUGAAUGUUUAAAAAAAUGAUUUUAAGAAAGUGAAGUAGGGUUACUUUGGAUGUUAAAUGUUACCACAUUCUGCAUCAUGGGUUUUACAUUGUGUGUCCCCAAAUGUGACCCAAAGAUUGAUUAUACUGUCAUUUUGCUGGUUGGUUCCUAUUGUAAAGUACAGUAUUGGUGUGGUUCAGACCAACUACCUUGGUCACCCUUUUGAUUCCAAUGGCUCCUAUCUGUCAGUCUGUUGGUAUUUGAUGUGAAAACCUAUUCCACACCCACAGUUCAAUAAACAUUAUCCAGGAAAUUGCAUGUUGACAGUAUAACAUGUGAUGAUGAAAGCCUAUUUUUAAAACAGCAUAGUACUUACAGCUCAUUCAAGGUUUUAUGUGCCAAAAAUCUGCCUUUUACAUUUAUUUAACAAACAAGAAAUGUUUUGCUGACCAUGUAGAUGAAAUGUAAGGUUGAUGGUAAUUGUUUGAUGACAUUUCUGCAAACCCAAUUUUGAGAAGUGCAUGAUGUGUUUCAUUCUGUCAUGUUUGUCUUGGUACCAACAUUUUUACUGCUCUGCCAUGUUUUAUAUCUUGUAUGACUGUCUAUUUUUUGGUGUUGCCAAAUGAAACCAAAAACCUCAUUUCAAAGUACUGUAUCUCAGAAGGGUGUAUGUAGUUGUGUCUAGAGAUGCUUUCCAAGAGAACAACUGAAAGCUCAACUGUCACCUUCUGAAACUGAUAUGGAAACUUCUCCGACAGUCAGCCAAUGGUUCCAUGUACUCUCGAUAUAUAUGUGUUGAGUGAAGGCAUGGUCCAUACUGUCCAUCCAUCUUAAUAUGGGUAGAGACCAUAAAUAGGAAUAGCAUUUUCCCCAGAAACAUCAAAAUUCCCAAGUUGGAUCCAUACAUUUUCACCAGUGUCAUCUUGGUGGAGGAAGUGCAGGUUUGUACCUCUUGCACAAUGAUUACUGUACCCAGAAUUCAGUCUGUUCAGGACCCUUUUGCACUCUGCGCAGACAGACAGAAAUUGAUCUGACUCACAGGACCCAGUACAUUUGUAGCAAAAUGUCAUUGUUAUUUUUUAUAUUUUCUCAUUUGCACUGAAAGAUUGCAAUGUUGUGAUUUCAAUUGUGCAAUACUGCUGUGCCUGUAAAAAGCCUUUUUUCAUCUUUAAAAAAAAUCUGGAAUUUUCUUUCAUUGUUGAUUAAACCACAUCCUUUUUCAUGAAAA